AUGGGCUCUGCAGGCAAGGUCCGAAUCCAAACUCCUUUCGUCCCUUCCAAACAUUUAACAGCCAAACAGGCUCGCCAAAUUCACUUGUUGGCUAAUCCACCUCAACAGGCCCCCGGACAAGCAACUCAACAACAACCAAUACCCUUCUUUUAUACCAACUUCACUUCCUUUCUUCAUGACAAUCAAAAGAAUAGAAAGAAGGAAAGAACUGGAAGAGAUCGGAAACGACAUUUGUUCAAUACAAGAGUGAAGAGAUGGAAUGGCUCCUCGGAUGAUCAUGGAGUGAGCAAUGAACCAUCCUUCUCUCUGGUCUAUCCCAAGAAGGAUCAAGAGAGUGGUUUUUAUGAAUAUCCAAAAGCUUCGGAAUCUAUCAAUUCCAUUCAAACACAAUUCCAUCGUUCACAACAAGAGGAAUUCAAAAAGCAGAGAACCAUUCAAAACCGAUCCAAGAGAACCCGAGAGAAGAUGAUGAAAAAGAUGGAGAAGCAACAGGAGGUAGAGUCUCAUCAUCAUGAUCGCUCUGAAUCAUUGGAUUCCACAUCAUCAUCCACAAGUGUUUCAGAGGAGUCUUCUACCCAACCACCACAAAAUGUUCUCGCUCAACGCAUUCAAUUCUUAAUGCAAACUCCUCCAUUGAGAGCAGCCCCACGAACUGCAGAUUCAUCAUCAUUGGUAAACAUGGGAUGGUCCAGUCGAAUGACAGCUUUGACUAAUGUGAGUUAUGCCAGACCUGGAAAAGUCCAUUGA